AUGGGUUUGUCACAGGAAAACAAGAACCUACACAUCAAGACCAGAGAGUCAAAGGUUGUAGCCAAGUGUACUUCCACAGUGCAGCUGUGUAAUUACAGGGAUGGCUCAGGUUUUCAAGACACUCAGCAUCACAAGGCUGUUAAGAACCACUCAUGCAGCUCAGAAGUGUGCAAUGGCUCCGUCAUGACUCCAAAAGCCCUGUGGCGCUCUCCUCCCGACGGUGCCUCAGACGCCAGUGAUCUUCUGAUGCAGGCUGUUGACUUCAUCAACCAGUUUUAUAAAUCAUUUAAAAGCUCCAGAACAGAAGAUCACCUGGCUCGAGUUGAGGAGGUUAGUUCAGAAAUUGACACUACUGGGACUUACCAGUUGACCUCAGAAGAACUGGCUUUUGGGGCUAAACAGGCGUGGAGAAAUGCACCCAGGUGUAUUGGCAGGAUUCAGUGGUCCAAUUUACAGGUGUUUGAUGCCCGAAAGUGUAGCAGCAGUAAGGACAUGUUUCAUGACCUUUGUGAGCAUCUCCAGUUUGCCACAAAUGGAGGCAACCUGAGGUCUACAAUCACAAUUUUCCCGCAGAGAACUGAUGGAAAGCAUGACUUUCGUGUUUGGAAUAGCCAACUUAUAAAAUAUGCUGGGUAUCAGAUGCCAGACGGAACCAUACGAGGAGACCCUGCCAGUCUGGACUUCACAGAGAUUUGUAUUCGACUUGGGUGGACUCCAAAAUAUGGUGCCUUUGAUGUGCUACCACUGGUCUUGCAGGCCAACGGAGAGGACCCAGAGAUCUUUGAGCUUCCGCCAGAGUUGAUUUUGGAGAUUCCUAUGGAGCACCCACAGUUUGAAUGGUUCAAGGACAUGCAGCUCAGGUGGUAUGCUCUGCCUGCAGUGUCCAACAUGAUGCUAGAGAUUGGAGGACUUGAGUUCACAGCUUGCCCCUUCAAUGGCUGGUACAUGGGCACAGAGAUUGGGGUCAGGAAUUUCUGUGACACCCAGCGCUACAAUAUACUGGAGCAAGUAGGUCGUAAGAUGGGCUUGGAGACACAGACGCUGUCCUCCCUUUGGAAAGACCAGGCUCUUUUGGUUGUCAACGUAGCUGUUCUUCACAGUUUCCAGAAAAAUAAAGUAACCAUCAUAGAUCAUCACUCAGCUUCCGAAUCAUUCAUGAAGCACAUGCAGACCGAGGUCCGUCUCCGUGGAGGUUGCCCAGCUGACUGGGUCUGGUUGGUCCCCCCCAUGUCAGGCUCUCUCACACCUGUGUUCCACCAGGAAAUGACCAACUACAUCCUCUCUCCCUUCUACUACUACCAGCCUGAGGCCUGGGAAACUCAUGUCUGGAGAGAUGAGAAGAAAAAACUGAAGAAGAGAGAAAUUCAUUUCCGUGCUGUUGCCAGGGCGGCACUCUUCACUGUGCGUCUGAUGCAUGGAGCUAUGGCCCGGCGUGUGUGCUGCACUGUGUUGUAUGCCACAGAAACAGGGCACUCACUGACUCUGGCCAGAAAGCUAAACUCCAUGCUCAACUGUGCUUUCAACUCCAGGUUACUUUGCAUGGAAGAUUAUGUCCUCACUGACCUUGAAAAGGAGCGCCUGCUUAUUGUGGUGACCAGCACUUUUGGGAAUGGAGACUGCCCAGCGAAUGGAGAGAGUUUCAAAAAGGGACUCUUCAGUUUAGAAUCCCUCAGAAACAAAUUCAGGUACUGUGUGUUUGGCCUGGGUUCCCGCAUGUACCCACAGUUCUGUGCCUACGCCCAUGCUUUGGAUGCCAGGUUCUCACAGCUGGGGGCCAGGUGUUUGCUUCCAGUUGGGGAGGAAGAUGAACUGAAUGGGCAAGAAGAAUCGUUCAGUCCCUGGGCACAAGCAGCUUUUCAGGAAGCUUGCAAGGAGUUCAGAAUCCAGGGACAGCUCUCUGUUGUCGAGCAACCACCUGACACCUGGGAUCCCCAUAGAUACAGAGUGCAGAAUGACAACUGCACACUGGACCGCAUUAGAGCAUUGUCAGAGACUCACUCUAAAGCUGUCAUCCCCAUGAAACUGAAGAGGAAGGUUCCCUUACAAAAAGCUUGGUCCAGUCACUGUACAAUCCUGGUGGAACUCGAGCAAGACAGUGGAGCAGACCCCUUGCAAUUUGCCCCAGGUGAUCAUGCAGGAGUUUUCCCAGGAAACCCAGCAGAACUCGUGGCUGGUAUUCUGAAGCAGCUCCUCGAUGCCCCCCCUAUCAACCAGAGCUUGCAACUGGAGUUUCUUUACACCUCUGGCUCAGGGACCACAUUCUGGCAGAAAGACAGGCGUAUCCCAGCAUGCCCUCUGGCACAGGCCCUCACCUAUCUGCUGGACAUCACCAGCCCUCCCUCCCAGCGCCUCCUCUAUAAACUCUCCCAGAUCGCCACCCAAGAGGACCACAGGCGGCGCCUGCUAAUGCUAGCGACGGUAAACCAGGAGUAUGUGCAAUGGACAAACUUCUUCAGGCCCACUCUUCUAGAGGUGCUCCAACAGUUCCCAUCUGUGGAGCUCACAGCGACAUUCCUCCUGAGUCAGCUACCUCUGCUGAAGCCACGCAUCUACUCCAUCAGCUCCUCCCCUGAGCUCCGCCCUAAUGAGGUCCACCUCACAGUGGCAGUGUUGAACUACCACACCCAAGAUGGACAUGGUCCAUUACAUCAUGGAGUUUGUAGCACCUGGCUAAACACAAUCAAGGAGGGAGGCUUGGUUCCUUGCUUCCUUCGCAGUUCCGAAGGCUUUCACCUUACAGAACAACGUGUACCUGUCAUCUUGGUUGGAAUAGGGAAUGGCAUUGCACCAUACCGAAGCUUCUGGCAGCAGCGACUGUGCAAUCUGGCAAAGUCAGGCUUGGCAGCUGUGCCCAUGACGUUGGUGUUUGGCUGUCGCAGUGCAGAGUCAGACCACCUGUACAAAGAGGAAGUGCUGGAGAUGAAACGCAGGGGAGUGUUAGGAACCAUCAGCACUGCUUACUCACGCCAGCCUAGCCAGGCCAAGAUGUAUGUCCAGGAUGUCCUGAGGGACACUUUGGCUGAGGAGGUGGUACAAGUUCUUCACCAGCAGGCAGGGCACCUUUAUGUCUGUGGGAGCCUGAGCAUGGCAGGGGAUGUUGCUCACACCAUAGAGGGCAUCCUAGCACACAGGCUUGGCAUCAGUUCUCCACAGGCUUCACAAUACCUGUCCCAACUCAAGAGUGAGAAGCGGUACCAUGAGGACAUCUUUGGGGACAAAACAUGCAAAUGACGUGAACUUGGUGUCUUACCUUGAUCCAAGCAGCAAUGUCACUGAACCUGAAAUUGUUUAGUGGUUAUUGCCAUACUUUUUCCAAAUUUGGGCCUAGACACACAAACACACAAACCACUUGUCAUCACAUUCUCCAAAUGCCCCAUCUGCCUUGAUAACCACCUCAUAAACGACUCACAUUUUCAUAACACACAACAAUUCCUAGGACUUUUUAAAUACUCUAAUGACUUCCCAUUAUCACCAUCCUACCCUAACCCAUAACCAGGGUGCGAUUUGUCACAGAGGGGGGGAUGUUUUCUUUUUUUUUUUUUAAACAUGAAAAAACAAGCAAUAAAUAGGCCUAAUUAUUUUCAAGUUAACGGUAGGCCCUAUUAGGUUACAUUUUGAACAGUUGAACAUUUAAUGCAAAUAUAUAUAUAUACAUAUAUAUAAAAUACAUGAUUUUUUUUCUUUUGGUAAAAAACACAUAGGGGUGGUAACAACAGCAUAGUAAAUGUUGAGUGGGUAUAGGGUUAAAUGUAUGAAAUGAUAGUUAUAGCAAUAGCGAUGUGUAGGUGCACACAUUGAUGUGUAGGGUGGAGGGUUAUGUGUGGGCUGGUUGUAGAAGUUGUUAUGGGCAGGGUGCGAUUUGUUGGGGGGGAUGGGGGGGCAUUACUGUAAUCACUGCCAGACACUGCCCUAAUGAAGCACGGACUAAUGCGGCAGACAAACGUUGAUUUGUGAGAGGACCUUCUGUUGGGAAAAUCAAUAGGAAAAUAUUCCUUCUUUGAAUAUCAUAAAUAUAACCUAUAUCAUUACUUUAAUACUUUUCUUUUUUGUAUGAAAAUGUAUGCUACCUGUACGCUAAUGUGUGCAUGUAUUCUACCUAUGUGAUAUUAAUAUAUAUUUUCAAUCUUUGAACAGCAUUUUUAAUACGAUUACUUGAUAAACAUUUGUAUUUGAAUACCUUAAUUGUGUAUUGGACAUUAUACAACAGUAUACAACAGGUAUGUCCAGUGGAACAAUUUAUUAAUUUCUUAUUGGACAAGAGGCAUUCCAUGAGUGGGCAUCCCUCCGUGUCAAAAUACUGAUAUCAAAUUGCUAUUUUUAACACGUACGGCAAGGACACGCGAUUAUUCAAUCUUUCUUAUUUGUUUUCUGAUUUUUAAGUUUGUUCUCACCACAUCAUUCAGCUUCAUUGUAUUUGCUUUAAUUGCAAUAAUCGCUACUUCUAAUUUGAGAUAUUUCACUUUUAUUUCCUAAGAGAAAUAAAAGUGGACUGGUGGCUCACACCCUAGUUAUUCCCCUAAGGGAUAAACACAAUCUUCCAAAAGGAGGAAUUCCCUCAAAGCGAGACAUGCAUCAGUUUCUUAUGCACACUUUCACACUUCAUAUGCACAUUUAUUCAGUAGACUUAUUGCACACAGUUGAAUUGGUACAUGUAUAAUGGAAUAAGGGUUCUAGCCUCCUUCCUAGGAAGCCCUCUUGCUGUACUCAAGGCUGUAGGUUUAAAUGAGGUGUGGGACUAUGCUUUUCACAAUAUACACAUAAUACUGUCUCUGUAAAACUGUAUUGAAUUAAUUUGUCCAUUGUUCCUCAACACCACUAGAUAGGUCUUUUCUCCUACUUUAAACAUGUUAAGAUAUGCCAAAAUACAUGUCUGAAGGAUCUGUACUUUGUUCCUUAUUAAGAUAUACACUCAAAAUGUUGUUACAUCAAAUACCA